AUGUCUAGCUCAGUCGCACUGCGUUUUCUCUUCUCUUGGGUGGCCCUCCUCUCCAGCCUCCAUCAGGGGGAAGGCCGGCCCCGCCUGGCCCAAGACAGUACACCCCGCCUGGGGCAGGAGGAGAGCCAGAGGGCCCUGCUCCUGGAGGCAGUGAAGACAGGCAUCUUGAGCUCCAUGGGGAUGGAGAAGGAGCCCAGGCCCAGGGAAUUGGCUUCAGAGGAGGAGCUGAGGAGGAUGCAUCGGCUCUACAGGGAAACACUGACGCUGCUGAGAGGGAACUCCAGUCAGGAAGGGGAAUCCUGGCAUUCCCCAAAGAGGACAUAUACCCUGCUUCUCCCAGCCACAGGUGAGACCUCAGCUGUCUUAUUUAAAGACACAUAGCUACUGUUCUGGUUUUAGCCACAAGGACCUGACUGUUGACAUUCUAGCUUUAGAUGGUGAUCUGACUUCAUGGAAUUUUGCCUUUAUGCAAGGUGUUUUUAUAACCUAUUGAAAAGGUCUGAGUUAGAUGCCAAAGCCAAAGGUUUGGGCUUAGUAAAAGGUGUGUACCUGUGUCCCGAAACAUUCUCCCAUGGUUGUUUCUUCAACAAGAUUUUAUGACAAAACAAACAAAUAGCCUUCAAACACAUAAAAAAAUAAAAAAAUAAAUCUUAAUGUAUCUGUGAGUGUUUUCUCAAACCAUAUGUCGUGAAAAUGAGUGAGCCAUGCAAUUUAGUCUUAGUGCUUCGUUUUUGUGUGCACUCCAACAAAAGCCUACCAUUAACAUUGGCAUUUGGACUUAGCAAAGGCUUGAUAGUAAUUCCGAGAGCAGAUAUGAAAUACCUCUUCUCCAAAGUAAUAAUGAACUACUCUAAUUUAUAAAUAAUUUGAUGUAAUUUUGUAAUUUUUUGAGGAGGUAAAGACACAUCCAUUACAACUCUUAAAAGCACAGCCUAUUGAAGUCAUGGCAGUAAUUCCAAGAACCUGAGCAUUUGUCUAACAAUCCUCUUUUCAUCUCUUUCAGUGGAGCCUUUCAAAGUGCUUCGGAGUGAUGAGGAACACACAUCAGAUAUGCUUUGGUACAGAGCUGUCUUCCACAAGAACCCAAACAUCAGGAAGGAUCUCACUUUGGCCCGGGCUGAGCUGAAGCUCUACAGACAACUGUUGGAUGGCUCUAAAGCUGCUGAGCCCACGAUUAGGGAAGAGGUUCAUGUUAAGAUCUAUGAGACGAAACCGCUGAACUCUUCUCUAUUGAUUCACACAGAGACCCUUGUUCAGAUGGUUGCUACAAGAACUGGAGAUUUGACUUUGGACAUCAGAACUAUUGUUGAUAAGUGGAGAGGGAGGUCGGAAGGCCACUCUCUAGUUGUGGAAGUAGGACUGGUCAUAGAAGAGGGAACUGAUCCCAAGAGGACCCCGCAGAUGGUCCUGGAGGUAGACCUUGUAGAGCCUAGAUCAGCAGGCAGAAGGAGACGGACUCGCUCCAACAAAGAAGACAACUGCGACGAAGAUGGUCGCUGCUGCCGAAAGUCUGUCAACGUGUCCUUCAAGGAGAUUGGCUGGUCAGACUGGGUCGUUGCCCCUGCUGGUUACAACAUGCACUUCUGUGACGGCUCCUGUCCUCACAACUACAAGCCAGCCAGCAUGCACACGCAGGUGAAAUCGCGUCUUCAUCAAAUCAACAAGGGAGCAACACCUCGGCCCUGUUGUGUGCCGGCAGCCUACGAACCUAUGGUCCUCAUGCACUACGACAGUCGGGGGAAAUUGAAGCUCACACCCUUCAAUGACUUGAUUGUCAGCAAAUGCCACUGUGCUUGA